AUGUAUGUCUCAUUUUCCUACAGAUCACCCCUAGAAGAAGGCGAUAGUGGCAAGAUGGGUCGGACAGAAGUGGUUGGAGACAUCAUUAAACGUGGUACGGAGUUGGCUCUUCAGUUCAUGAAGGAAUCCAAAACUGUUAAAGUACCGCCUGAGAAAGAGGAAGAAAGGGCGAAGUUAGCUGAAUACGAGUUUUCGUUCAAGAACGCGUUUGACCUCAAUCAUAACAACGCGCUGUUGCUACAACGAACAACGCCGAGCUUUUACCCUUUGUUGGACAGGUGCGACUCAAUUCCCUUGGAGACACCGGAAUUUGGGAAAUUAGUCAACCAGAUUGAAAAGUUCCCAGAUGUGAUUACCGGUAGCGCUGAGAACUUUGAACCUUGUCAGUUAGUUGUGUAUCUCAUCGAACUAUGUCACCACAUCGGAAGUGUUACAUCUCAAGCGAAGGUUAAAGGACAGCCAUUAGACGUACGUGCAUUUUUGCUUACCUUUAUCUCACUGAUUUCAUGCUUUGGGAGGUCCUGA